AUGGCUGUUGGGCAACAAGUGUGCCUUUCUCCUGACUUGACCGUUGAGCAAGCCAAGCUUAGCGCGGGUACAACCAUCAACGUGGCGUCCUUGAAAAAUCAAAGGAAUAAGGGCGUGGAGAAAGUCGAGCUAUCCGGGAAUCCUCCAACUCUUGCUUCUGCAACUGCAGUUUCUGGUUCUCUCCCUCCUAGUACUAAUCCUGCUGCUGCAACUGCUGCUCCUUUUCCCAUCCAAUUGGACCCAAUCGAGCCCAGCAGCAUGGAAGGCGAGGGGCACAAGCCGAGGAGAGGAGCUUCACCAGGGGUGGGUGGAGCAGGGCCGAAGUGCCUUGAUUCUGAUGCUGGCGGUAGCAUGGAAGAGGAGCGGCACAAGCUGGAGGCUCCAGUUCCGACAAAAUCUGUUAAAUCAGAGCUUAAGAGUGUUGACUCUGAUGCUGGCAGUAGCAAGGAACAGGAGGAGGUCGUAGUGAGCGUAGAGAGCUUAGCAGAGUCUGUUCAGAAAUUGAAAGAGCAGUUUAAGAGUGUGGAGGCGGUGUGCUUGACACUCCAGACCAAGAGUGUUCGACUGGGACAGUUAACUGCAGCAGCUGGUGGGGAAGCAGAGCAAGUGGAAGCGAAAGAGGAAGAGGCAGGUGCUGGUGGAAAGACAAGCUUCUUACAGCCCAUUGAGGAAUUGGAAGAGCACUUGGGAACUCUUAAGGUGCUGCAGAGGGAAGUAAGUUCUGCAGCCCAGACCGGCCAGAGUGAACCGAGUCAGCCUGAUGAGGCCAACAAAGGGGCAGCAGACGAAGCAAGGGCGGAAGAAAGUCCAAAGCCGCGCCAGCUGCUGUCUCAUGCCGAUAUGGUUCACUACUUAGAUGUGACGAGCAGGUGGGAUGAGGAUCUGUGUGUGUGCUGCUUUGACCGUGCUGUGAGUCAGAGAGCACGGCGAGCACUUGCGAUUAAAGACCUUGAUGAGUUGCGUUGCCACCUGCGCAAGCUGCAGCCUCGUUCCAUCCCCGCAGCAGCCCCGGAGCAGCAGCAGCACAACCAGGCCGCUUUUGAGUCCUGUAACGGGGCAUUGGUGCAGGCGCUACGAGAGCAACAUGGAGCUUCCCAUCAGAGUCAGUCUGCGCAGAAGCCAGGGAUGGCGCCUCGCCUUUGUGCGGAAGCAAUGGUUCUCGAGUGGAUGGCUGAGCCUCGUGUGGGCGUGCUCAUGGACCUGGGGAGGAUCAGAUCCCGCCUGCCUGCUGUUUUGUUUUCCUACUCGUCUGCCAGGCCAGCAAUCGUCGCUGAGCUGGGGGCGAGCAGGCAGAGGGAGGGUGACAAUUUCGCUUCCAUGCUGGUGCAGGUGCUGGGGGUGAAGGAGAGUGCUGAUCUGCAGAAAGGGUUUGGGUUCUUAGUGCAGCAACUGCUGUCAGGCGGGCUGGAGAAGGCGCAUGCAGAGAGUAACGAGGGAGCUCGGGGUAAGGAUGCUAAGAAAACGCAUGUGGAGGGGAAGGAAAAGGGGAAAGCGGAGGAGAAGGCUGCUGAGAUUACGCAUGUGGAGGGGAAGGGCAGACAGGAUGCGUCACAUGGGGAGGACGAUGGGAGACAGGGAGAGGAAGAGGCAGGGAGCAAGGUAGAGAUAGUAAGUGUUCCUGGAAAGUGCCGGAGGGGAAUUAAAGACGUGAAGUGGAGGGAUAACCUGAGAGGACCUGUGUGGGAGAGGACCCUCCUCAGCACACAUCUGAAGCAGGGAGGGAUGGCAGGCGUGCAAAGGAUGCAGAAGGCCAAGGAGGUAGUCACGAAGGUGAAUGGAGCAUGGCGCGUGGGAAAGCUGAAGCUGGAGGGGGCAGCAGGAGUGCAAGGCGGAGAGACUCCAAGGCAAUAG